AUGGCUAGUGGAGGGCUCAAAGUUUGCUUGAUCAUGUCUCUACUAUUGUUUAACAUUGUUACCUUUGCGGUCUUGUUUCUGAUCUUUAAACCCAAGGAUCCUAACAUCACUGUUCACCCUGUUGGCCUACAACACUUUGAAUUUUCCCUUUUACCCACUUUGACCAUGAACAUGAGUAUAGACACGUUGAUCACUAUAGAGAAUCCAAACUAUGGAUGCUUCGACUAUACAAAGUCUAUUGGUUAUGUCAAUUUUCAUGAUAUCAUUGUAGGCGAAGUUCCAAUAAGGGCAAACUUAGUCCCAGGGCGUAGCCACAUAAAU